CAGGUAGCUACCUUUGCCUUGGGCUGCUUUUGGGGAGGCGAAUUGGCCUACAUGCGGGAACCCGGCGUCGUGGGCACCGGCGUGGGCUACACGCAGGGCCAGAUUGAACAGCCAACGUACGAGCAAGUGUGCAGCGGCACGACGGGACACACCGAGGCAAUCGUCGUCACAUACGAUCCGGCGUUAGUCACGUACGAACGGCUUGGACAGCUCGCCAUGGAAAGACUAGGUGAAAAUAGAUAUUUGCGGAAUCAAGUCGGCAACGACAAGGGCACGCAGUACCGCCACGGGAUAUACUACCACACACAGGAGCAAAAGAAGAUCGCGGAAGGGAUUAUCUCGAGUUACGGUGAAGACUGCCAGACGGAAUGUCUACCCGCGCAGAAGUUUCAUUUUGCCGAAGACUAUCAUCAACAAUAUUUGCUCAAGGGCGGACAAAGCGCGCGCAAACGAGAUUCGUCAGUCAUUCGGUGUUACGGUUAA